GAAGCGCGCUGAAAUAGUACUUCCGCCCUGUGGUGUUUUGCCUCGAAGAGCCUUUCCUUUCUUGGCUGCGUGAACAAAAUGGAUCGAACGGUCUGGCUAGGAAGACGGUCAUUCCCUUGGACCGUCUGACUCACAAUCCGUUGGAAGGCAACAGCGUAGUACAAAGAGGGCAAAAUGAAUUCUGUUUUCGAUUCUUCGGAGGAGAAAACAAAUGGCACAAAGCUGUUACGACUGGUAGUUGAUGGAGGCACACAUGUUCUGAGAGAGUACUUACAGCGAUGUAUUGUUCCGCCUUCAACACUGCAAGACGUUCUCAACAAACACAGGGGAAAGCUUCGACACUUAAAAUCUAAGAAGAUAAUUACCAACAAUCAGAUGGAUCAGUUAUUUCCUUCUACAGGUGACCCACCGGACCCUCAAACAUUUGACGUAACUCUCUUGGUUCUGUUACUACGAGAAGUUUGCGGUUUGACUGCACCAGUUCCCAAUGGAUGGAACGCAAUACCUUUGGGUACUGAUACCAGCGAUGAAGCUAAUAUCGUCCGGAUCAAGGUCCUGAGAAAUAAGCUGUGUCAUGGGAAAUCCACUGGCAUUUCUAAUGUCGAAUUCCAAGACGAGUGGAAGACGAUUGCUCAGUCAUUGGUAGCGUUGGGACUCGAUCAAAAGGAAGUGGAUCGCCUCAAAACUGAACCCAUUGAUCAUGACGCUGAACGUCGAAUAAACGAAGAAGUAGAGAAGUGGAAAAUGGACUUUGAACCACGGGUAGACAAGCUGGAGAAUGACUUUCAGAUAGUAAAGGGGGAAAUUUCUGCCAUUCAAGCUUCUAUUUCAGAGGAAGCCAUCGGUGAACAUACCAACUGUCUGCCGGAUAAAAAUGAAAUCUUUAGACGAUUCAAGGAGGUGGGAGAAAUUGUGGGUGCAAUUCGAUCUGAAAAGGCAGCUGUAGUUCUUGUAACUGGAGGGCCUGGGUAUGGUAAAACAGCUGUGGCGAUCAAAGUGGGUCAUGAAUUGGCAACCAACUUGAAUGAAGAGAAGAUGGUUUUGUUUUGUCCCCUCAGAUCUAAAGCAACAAUUGGUGAAGUAGCUAUUUCAAUGAUCCUUACUUGCAGUGCAAGCCACUCUCAACCACCAGAACAUCCCCAACAUUGGCUUCGAAAUUGGAGCAAACAACAACAGAAGAAAGUUUCUUUUAUUCUGGACAAUGCAGAUGAUGUUCUAGAAUCAGAUGAUCGAACUGCAUUUGUAACCAUUUUGAGAGACAUGAGGACUCUAUCAAACUGCAAGAUCACAUUUGUCAUCACCACCCGAAAAGUAUUUAAAGACCCCAAUUUGCCCACACAACAUGUAAGGCUGCUUCCUCUAUCGCCACAGCAUGCAAAGGAACUCCUUGUAUCCAAAGUCCUAGACCCAGAUGUGAAGCAAGAGCUCUCCAAGACAGAUGAAUUGGUUCAACUUUGUGGUUGUGUACCUCUGGCCUUAUGCAUUGUUGGUUCAUUGCUUUCAGACUGUCCUGAAGAUCAGCUUAUUAAUCGUCUUGAAGAAAAGCCAUUGGAUGUUCUCAGAGAGGAUGAAAGUAAUGAAAAUUCUGUUGAAAAAGCAAUUGACACCUCUUUUAACUUUUUGAGAGAAACUGAACAAGAGGCUUUGGUACUUCUGUCAGUUUUUCCUGGCUCAUUCAGUUACGAUGCUGCCCAAGCUGUUAUCCAAGCAGGAGGUUGUCAAGUUGAUCCUCUCUCAAUCUUCCUUUCCUUGAAAAACAGGUCACUUGUUGAGACAUUAGCCCCACACCGAUAUCAAAUCCAUCUGUUUAUUCAAGCAUUUGCUGAGAAGAUUGAUCAAGCCAAGUAUUCUUCAUUCUUACAGAUGAAGGGGAAAAAAUUGGCCAGUAACCACUCUGUUUCCUAUCUAGUGAAAAUUGCCAAUCAGUUCUGGAGCAAAGACAAGUGCCGAGAGGCAAUUUUCCUUUUUAACUUGGACAGGCACAACUUUGAGUAUUUCUUUCAGUUCUACCUCAAAGAAUUAAAAAAUCAGGAUCCUCAACUGAUGAUAACCAUGAAAAACUUAGUGGAAAAGUGUCUUAGAACAUGCAUAUUUUUAGACAUGUGCAUUCUUCCAAGUGUUUAUUUGAAGUACCUACAAGAACUUUAUCAGCUUUUGACAUCUAACCAACAACCCAUCACUAAAAGAGUGGAACUUCUCUGCCUCCUGGGGCAUGAAUAUAGAAAAAUAGGCAAUCAAAAGAAAUAUAAAGAAAUGAUAGAAAAAGCUGCAGACCUACAUUCAAAACAUCAGAAAGAAUUUGAAAAUGAGAAGUUGUCAGAGUCUUUUUUUUGCAAUAAUUAUGCACGGUUUCUCUCUGAAACAGGGAACUCUACAGAAGCAAAAAAGCAAUUUAAUACUAGUUUGAGAGUUUGUGAACAACACUUACAAAAUGAUCUUGUUCAAAAAGGAGCCACUCUGCUUUAUUCUGGACGAUAUGACAAGCUUCAAAAGGACUAUACACUAGCAGAGAAAAAGUUGACUGAAGCAUUACAGCUUUAUCAGAAGAGUCUUGGUAAUCAUGUAAUGACUGCACUACUUCUGGAAAAUCUUGGAGAUUUUCACCUUUUUCGUGGUGAUGGAACUCUAGGAUCAGUUGAUGACCAACAAAAAUCAUUCAAACUCUAUCAACAAGCUGUGGAGAUGAUGGAAAGCCUUGGCAUUAGAGACCAGCAAGGAUGCAUUAUGGCACUUGCCAAAUUGGGACUGUGUUAUCAAUUGCAAGGUAAGAUGGAAGGUGCAAAGGACUUAUUCCAAGCAUCGUUAAAAAUCUCAGAACAAGAACUAGCAGAGAAUCAUAGGUGGAAGAUCCAUGUGAUGACUCACAUGGCCUGUUGGUAUAAAGGAAAUGGAGAUACAGAGGAAGCAAAAGUGUGGAAACAAAAGGCAUUGAGAAUGAGUGAAACACUUGAACUGCCAGAACACCAACCACCCAACAAAUUUUUGCUAAAUGAAAUUUAACUUUUCAACUCCUAAGAUCUGAUUGUUAAUGUUAUUUUCAGAACGCGGAGCUUGUGUACAUUUCCUCUUAUGUUCAUUUGUUAAGUAAGUGUCAUAUUUCAAUUAGUUUCAUUUUUAAAGCACAUGUACUAGAUAUUGUAUUUCGUACUUCAUCGCUAUAAGUUGCUGUUGAUACUACCAAAUUUUUGUCUGCUAUUUAGGAGUCAUCUGCUAUCAACAAGUUACCUACAAUUGUUAGAAGCUAGACCAAAUUUGAACCAUACAAAUUCAGCCGCAUAAAUUCAGUAACACAAAUUCAGCUACAACUGUCAAUCAUAACUUUGCAAUCUUCAAUCUCUACUCUGCACUUUUCAUCUGUGAUUUCACACAGAUCUCUUUAUUUUCGUUUGUAAUUUUGAUUAUGUACUACAUUUCUACUGGGCAUGAUUUCUACUGUGCAUUCAAAUUGUCUUCUCUGCUAUACUAUUAACCUUUGGCGGUUACAGUUAAUUCUCCCCUCUGGCUGCUACAUUUUUCCUUGUUAGUGACAAGGUCUAACCUUGUAUACUGCUCUGAGGUAUGGUCCCCAUAUUCCUGUAAGAACACUAAUAAGCUUGAGGGAGUCCAGAGACGCGCCACUAAAUUUAUUUUGAAAACUAAGGAUAGCUAUGCAGCUCGUCUAGAGAAGUUCAAUCUGUAAUCUUUGGAAGACAGAAGAGUUUUAAUUGACGUUACUUUCUUUUUAAGGCACUGAAAGGGUUUUUUGACAUUGAUGUUUCACCUUUUGUGGAUUUUUACUCUAGUUUAGGUUAUUAUUCCUUAAGACAUUAUGAUCAUCUGAUGUUAAAUAGUAGAUUCUUGGAAAAUGUUGCCUGUUUACAUUCGCACUGCAAAUUGUACUGGGAAUUUUAAAUUUAAAGUGAAGAUAUUUCUUAUGAGUAAAUCAUGAUUUUAUUUUUCUUUAUUUAACGAUUAUUUGCCGAAGGUGAGGUGAAUAUCAUUGAAUAAUCCCCAAUACGGAGUCGAGGAGAUUAUUCUACAAUAUUCACCGAACCUGAGGCGAAUAAUUGUUUUAGUAUAAUUUCAGAGCUGAACAACAGAGAAAUGUCUAAAA